GCGUCGCACCCGGAAGUGGAGCUGCUCAGUGACGUGAAGGAGCGGCGGCUCGUGCGGCAGGGCCCAGAGCACCCAACUCAUUUUUUUUUUAAAAGAAAAGCAUCGCGUCGGGUCGGCGCUGCAGGGGAGUGACUCUUGCCAAUGGUACUGUGCUUUCAGGGUCCAGCUGCUGGCCCAGCUGACCAUGGCCCUUUCUGUGGAGACUGAGUCGCACAUCUACCGAACUCUGCGCACUGCCUCUGGGGCUGCAGCUCACCUUGUGGCUCUGGGCUUUACCAUCUUUGUGGUUGUACUUGCCAGGCCUGGUUCCAACCUGUUCUCCUGGCACCCUGUACUUAUGUCUCUGGCUUUCUCCUUCUUGAUGACCGAGGCACUACUGGUGUUCUCUCCCGAGAGCUCACUGCUGCAUUUCCUCUCGCGGAAGGGUCGAGCCUGCUGUCACUGGGUGCUACAGCUGCUGGCCCUGCUGAGUGCACUGCUGGGCCUGGGCCUCGUUAUCCUUCACAAAGAACAACUUGGCAAGGCCCACUUGGCUACGUGGCAUGGGCAGGCAGGGCUGCUAGCUGUGCUGUGGGCAGGACUGCAGUGUGCAGGUGGUGUGGGGCUGCUGUACCCCAAGCUGCUGCCCCGAUGGCCCUUGGCAAAGCUCAAACUGUACCAUGCCACUUCUGGGCUGGUGGGCUACCUGCUGGGUAGUACCAGCCUCCUGUUGGGCAUGUGCUCACUGUGGUUCACUGCCUCUGUUACUGGUGGGGCCUGGUACCUCGCUGUGCUAUGCCCUGUUCUCACCAGCUUGGUCGUCAUGAACCAGGUGAGCAAUGCGUACCUAUACCGCAAGAGGAUCCAGCCAUGAGCUCUUCCCAGCCCAGGGGAAGCUGGGAAGGUUCCUUCUUCAGGAUAGGUGCUGGGGUUCGGAGCCUCCUGGACUGUCUUUGCUGAUUGGGUGAGGGUACACUUAAGGCCCUGGGGCAGUCACGGAUAGGAAUCCCAUGUGUUGACAUUUUUGCUGCUCAUGUCAGAGUGUCUCUCUUUUCCUUUUCUCUACAUUAUCCCAAAAGAGCAUGUGGAUUAUGUGUCUGGAUGAAACUGGGGUUGCAAGACUGCCUCCCCAGCAAUGCAGUUCAUCCAGAAAUUACAGAGGAAAAAAAGAAAAUAAAAAUUAUGUGAAAACA